AUGACCGUCAAUUCGCAGUCGGGCCCCCCCAAGUCUCCCCGACCCCCCGACGACCUUAUCACCACUGCCACUUCUGCCCUCCGACGACUCCAUUUCAAAACCGGACGAAAUGCGACCAAAACAUCCUCGUCCAAGCAACAGCCACAGAACCAACCCGUUCCGAAAGUACUAGUUAUGGGCUCCAGCACUGCGUCCGAAACGACCAUCAACACAAGCACUGACAGCUCGAACACCAUCGUGACCACAGUUACAGCAACCGACGGGGACAUCACAGAAGACAGCUUGGAUGUCACCGAACCAAUAGAUUACUUCUCAUCGGAAAAUAUCUUGGACUCGAAAAUGUCGAAUCCUAUUCUGCAGCCAGUCCCGCUAUCUCCCAAAACACCAGCAACAGCGAGGCAGCAGACUCCUCCGACGGCUAAGAACGAAACAAAGUUCACGUUUGAAGUGGAGUCAAAAACUUGGACCAAAGAUGAGAACACGCCAAAGAUGGUAGACACCAAGUUUUCAUUCGAACAAACCGUAACAUACACAAAUAACGCACACGACGACAGGGGCGUGGAAAGGCCUUCUCAAAAGACUAGUGAAAUGACUGUUGAUAAGUUAAUGGAGGAGCAAAUUGAAGCGUUGAAGAUGGAAGCUAGACGUCGAAAUAGCUACAAGCAAGCGGCGCAGACUUUCGAUGAAAUCCAAGUAGCGAAUGAUAAUGAUUCGCCAAAACCAAAACAUAGACACAAAAAGACGAGUAGGAGACACCGCUCGCCUAGUAAACAAAGGGAGAAGUUCUCGUACGAUGAGCGGCACAUAGCCAAAUACCGCAGCGGGGGUGUCUCGUCUACAGCACGGAUGACUCCCCCUCUGCCAGACUUGCGGGUGGAUUUCUUUAACGAAACGGUUGACAAUGGCCAGCUGCCAACCCAAAUGGAUACGGCACACUCCCUGACGGUUAGCGUCUCUACCGAGAAGCGAGGCAGCGUGUGUCUAAACAAAUGCCUGCGGGAGGUGGGGGCCCACUUGGAAGCAUCAGCAACGUCUCCUAUAAAUGUUACGACUAAUCCUUUGGAGAACUCAGUACAUUUUGGCGGUAGGAAAGCACCGCAAGCCACAAUCGUCGUGCAACAACCGUCUGUGAGUCUUGACCACGCUAACAUAUCGACGAUAUUGCUUAAGAACGGCAGUGAGUUCGUGUCUAACGUGGAGAGUGUCAACAAGUUGUCGCUGAAGAAACAGAAGGAGGAGAACAUGAAGCAGCUACUGGACGUGGCUAACAACCUUACGCUGGAGGAGAUCCAUGACUUCGAGAUGAGAUACGGGAGUCCACACCACAACAGAUCUCAGUCAGUCAAAACUCCGGGCAGAUCUUCCGGGAGGCCAAACUACCUGUGUCUUCCACAACAAAGGUCGCGAGUAGCUUCCAUGCCCAACACUGGAGUAGAAGAAGAGUACUAUCGUCUCAGACAUUUUUCUAUCACCGGAAAGGGCGUAGUGAACAGAGGGGACAGUCUGAAAAGUAGAAGGUCCAGGUCGAAUAAUUCGGUCGCUUCUAGCAAUUCUAGUACCGAGCAGUUGCCAGCAGCGGUGUCUGGAGCUGGAUCCGCCCGUACAUCAGCGUCUUGUAGCCUGGCGUCCUCGAGGGAGUCGUCCACUAGCGCACCGGGUCCUAUACCCUUCAAGGUGCUCAUGCUAGGAGGUCCAGCUGUAGGCAAGUCGUCGUUAGUUUCACAAUUUAUGACCUCUGAGUAUCUACACGCGUACGAUACCAGUAUAGGUGAGUCUUCUAAGUCAAUUUGGGUUCCUGCAGAAAGUAAAAUAUACCCAAUUCAUUAUACUCAUUGCGUCCCCAUUGCCUUCCUGGGCGAUGAUGAGAGCGGCGAAAAAUCUGUGUCGGUGCUAUUAGCAGGGGACGAAUCUGAACUGUGUUUUAUAGAUUUUGCCACAGCUGAUUUAUCGCCGGACAGCUGUAUAAGCAAGUACAAUGAUCCCCAUGCUUAUUGUGUGGUCUACAGCAGCGCCGAUCGCCAGAGCUUAUCCUGCGCUGAAAAAAUCCUGCAAACCCUCUGGACUCUGGACACCAUCAGCACCAAGGCGGUGAUCCUCGUAGCGAACAAGGCGGACCUCGUCAGGUCGAGGGUCGUCACCACUGAAGAAGGCAAAGCCAUGGCCACAGCGUACGAUUGCAAGUACAUAGAGACCUCUGUCGGGAUCAACCACAACGUCGACGAGCUGCUGGUAGGCAUCUUGACGCAGAUACGCCUGAAGUUAGAAAAUCCUGAACGCAGCAGAGACCUAUUCCGCAAGAGGAGCUCUUCCAAAAAGAACCUGAACAGGAACAAAUCGCCCGCGUCCGGUACGGUAACGCCGACCGGAAGCGCGCAGAAUUCGCCAAAAAAAUACAGGGGGUCCAGGACGUCGGCCAGUCUGAAGGUCAGGAAUUUGUUGGGAAAAGUCUGGGCGAGAGACAGCAAGUCCAAGUCAUGCGAAAAUCUGCAUGUGUUAUAAUUGUUUUUUAUGCUAAUUUUAAGAUUUUGUACACCUUAAUGUGAUUUUUUUAUAUGCUUAUUAGUGUUACGAUAUUAUGUACGGUUAAGUUUCGUUAAAAUUUUGCACCGAUGGAUACACAAGGUCCAGAAUGUAGAGACAUAAGAAAUGCUGUUUUCAUUUUUAACCACAAAUUCAAUAAAUGGAUAAACUAAAUAUAUAGCGCAUUUUGUGAGACAGUCUUACUUUGCACCCUGUGUAUGCCAGUUCCGUAACUAUCUGAUUAAUAUGUACAUAUUGCUUUCUCACAUUUUAAAAUUUCGAGAGCACCUGAUAUACGCUUAAAGAUAUAUUAAAAUUAAAAAAAUAUAUUACUAAAAUUAAUGGUGCUGCCGCAAUUUUAAAAUUAAUUUUAUAGUUACGGAAAUAGAAGAGUACAAUCCUUUAUGUGAUUUUUUAUGGGGAAUCUUUUCGAGAACCAGAUCUGAUUUAUUUAGUCAUUUUAGCGAUGAAAAAAAUAUAUCAGUAUUAACAUUUUUAUAUAAAAUAUUCAUAAAACGCACGUAUCUUACAUAUACAGGUAUAAGAGAUGUGUGAUCAACUAAUAUCUGAAAAAAAAAAAUAGGUCUUGAAACAAUUCCCCUACCACUUUAGUUUGUUGUGAUUACAUUUAUUUGUAGGUAAGGUUUUUAUAUUUUUAAACUAAAUGUUUUUUAUA